CCCCUUUCCGACGCCCCCCGGAAGCCCCCCAGGAUUGCGGCCGAGGAGGGAAGCAGCGGCUGCGGCUCCGGACACCCCGACAGGAGACCUCCCCAGGUCCGGAGCCAUGUCCCCCGGGGCGUCGUCGUCGUCGUCGUCGUCUUUGUCUUUGCCGGCGGCCCCUCUGCUGGUGGUGCUGCUGACCCUGGGGGGGGGUCCCCAGGCCCGGGGGUCCCCGGGGGACGGCGCCCGGACGUGGGCCCGGUUCCCGCGGCGCCCCUCCCCGGAGGAGCAGCGGGCCCCGCAGGGCACCUUCCCCGCCGGGUUCCGCUGGGCGGUGGGCACGGCCGCCUACCAGACGGAGGGCGGCUGGCGGCGGCACGGGAAGGCCCCGUCCGUGUGGGACGCCUUCACCCACCGGGCCUCCCGGGAGCGGCCCCGGCCGCCCACGGGGGACGUGUCCGGCGACGGGUCCCACCACGUGGCCCGGGACGUCGAGGCCCUGCGGGCCCUGGGCGUCACCCACUACCGCUUCUCCAUCUCGUGGGCCCGGGUCCUGCCCCGGGGCGGGGGGCCCAACCGGCGGGGCCUCCGCUACUACCGGCGCCUGCUGCGGAGGCUGGGCGAGCUGGGCGUGGAGCCCGUGGUCACCCUCAACCACUGGGACCUGCCCGCCGGCCUGCAGGAGGCCCACGGCGGCUGGGCCAGCCGGGCCGUGGGGGACAUGUUCCGCGACUACGCCGAGCUCUGCUUCCGACACUUCGGGGCCCGGGUCAAGUACUGGAUCACGCUGGACAACCCCUACGUGGUGGCCUGGCACGGCUACGCCACCGGGAGGCUGGCCCCCGGCGUCCGAGGGGGACGCCGCCUCGGCUACCGGGUGGCCCACAACCUGCUGCUGGCUCAUGCCAAAGUCUGGCAUCUCUACAAUACUUCAUUUCGUCCUACUCAAGGAGGCCAAGUGUCCAUUGCACUUGGCUCCCAUUGGAUAAAUCCUCAAAACAUGACUGAGAAUGACAUCAAAGAGUGUCAAAAGUCCCUUGACUUCGUGCUGGGCUGGUUUGCUAAGCCCAUAUUUCUAGAUGGCGACUACCCCCAAAGCAUGAAGGAUAACCUCUCAUCUCUUCUGCCUGAUUUCACUGAAUCCGAGAAAAGGUUCAUCAAGGGCACGGCUGACUUUUUUGCUCUUUCCUUUGGACCAACUCUGAGUUUUCACCUCUUGGACUCUCAAAUGAAGUUCCAGCAGUUGGAAUCCCUAAGUCUGAGGCAGCUCCUUACCUGGAUAGACCUUGAAUAUAACCACCCCCAGAUAUUCAUUGUGGAGAAUGGCUGGUUUGUCUCUGGCAGUUCCCAGAGAGAUGAUGCCAAAUAUUUGUAUUAUCUCAAAAAUUUCAUUAUGGAAACCUUAAAAGCCAUCAAAUAUGAUGCGGUCAAUGUCACUGGGUACACUGCGUGGUCCCUCGUGGAUGGCUUUGAAUGGCACAGAGGGUACAGCAUUAGACGCGGACUGUUCUACGUCGAUUUCCUGAGCCGCGAGAAGAAGUUGCUGCCCAAGUCUUCAGCCUUGUUCUACCAGAAGCUGAUCGAGAGGAAUGGCUUUCCUCCCUUACCUGAAAAUCAGCCCAUUGAGGGGACAUUUCCCUGCGGCUUUGCCUGGGGGACCGUCGACAACUACAUUCAAGUAGACACAACUCUUUCCCAGUUUACUGACCCAAACAUAUACCUGUGGGAUGUCCGCGAGAGCCAGAAGCUUAUUAAAGUGGCCGGGGCUUUUACCCCAAAGCGGGAGCCACACUGUGUGGACUUCGCUACCAUCAGACUCCAAAUCUCCUUACUUCAGGAAAUGCACAUAACUCAUUUUCUUUUCUCGUUGAAGUGGGACCUGAUUCUCCCCUUGGGCAACCAGUCUCAAGUCAACCAUACGAUGUUGUACUACUACCGGUGUUUUGUUAGCGAACUAGCUCGGGUCAACAUCACGCCGGUGGUUGCUCUGUGGCAGUACACCCCGGAGCACCAAGGACUCCCCCUCUCCUUAGCCAAGCACGGGGCCUGGGAGAACCCCCAGACCAUCCAGGCCUUCGUGGACUACGCCCAGCUCUGUUUUAGAGACCUCGGCCCCUACGUCAAACUGUGGCUCACGAUGAAGGAACCUUUCCUGCAGAAUCUGACCUACUCCGCUGGGCAUAACCUGCUGAUAGCCCACGCCUUGGCCUGGCACGAGUACGACAGAUCGUUUCGAAGCUCCCAGAAGGGCCAGAUCUCCAUAGCCCUGGAAGCCAACUGGGUGGAGCCGGCCUGCCCUUUCUCCCAGAAAGACAAAGAGGUGACCGACCGCGUCCUGGAAUUUGGCAUCGGCUGGCUCGCCGAACCCAUCUUCGGCAGCGGGGACUACCCCCAGGUGAUGAGGAAGUGGCUGCACAGGCAAAACAACUUCCUCUUGCCUUAUUUCACGGAGGAGGAGAAGAAGCUGAUCCGGGGCUCUUUCGACUUCUUUGCCUUGAGCCACUACACAACCAUCCUGAUGAACUGGGAAAAGGAGAAUCCGGCCAAGUACGAUGCUUAUCUAGAAGUGCAGCCCAUGAAAGACACCACCUGGAUAAACUCCCCCAAAAUGGUGGCCGUGGUGCCCUGGGGGCUGCGCAAGGUCCUUAACUGGAUUAAAGGCAAAUACGGCGACAUCCCCAUCUACAUCACUUCCAACGGCAUUGACGAUGAUCCUCAUUUGAUGCAGGAUAAGCUGAGGGGGUAUUAUCUGCAGAAUUACAUCAAUGAAGCCUUAAAAGCCUACGUAUUGGAUGAUAUCAACCUCUGUGGCUACUUUUUUUAUUCGUUUAAUGACCGAACCUCUCCCUCGUACGGACUCUACCGUUAUGCCGCUAAUCAGUAUGAGGCGAAGCCAUCCAUGAGACACUAUCGUAAAAUUAUUGACAGCAACGGCUUUCCGGGCCCCGGGACUCUGGGAAGGUUCUGCCCGGAAGAGCCAGAUCUGUGCACCGAAUGCAGCUUCUUCCAGACCCGAAAGUCCCUGCUGGCCUUCACCUCAUUUCUCCUUUUUGCUUUUAUCGUUACCAUUUCUCUGAUCAUUUACUACUCCAGGGCCGCACCUACCCCCCAAAAACUGAACCCCCCGGGGGGUGGAGGGAAAGACAAACCCCUGGGCGGGAUACUGCCUUGAUCGUUCCUGCCUCUCCCAGGGCUUUUCACGCUUCUCCUCUUGAUGUUCCCAGCUCCAGAUUGUCAUUCAUUGUGGUCAGGCUGAAUUGUUUCCCCCCACUCCCUUUGGUUGAGUUAUUUGCAAGUAGGCAAGAUGCCAAGCUCGUUAUUUGCAACAACAGGCAAAUUACCAAGCAUCCUUUAGCCUGCCAUCACCGGGUAUCGGCCUUCUUGGUGAAGGGCAGUGGAAUCCUGAGCCAAUAGUCCCCUCUUCUCUCCCCCGCUACCCCCUGAAUUUUCAAAACUGGUACCUAGACCUCUGAUCUGUGAACCAAAAGGCCUUGGAGUGACAGGUGCUCCCCAGUGGGUCAUUCUCAGAUGAACACCACUCGCCAUUAGAACUUUUUGGAGCACGCCAAGGGGUCCUGAGCCUAACUAGGCUUGGCCAGAGCCAGCCUAGGGUACCCCACCUGCCAUCAGUGACGAUGUUUAUCGCGUACCCACUGGCCUCAAUGCCCUGUACUCAGCAUUUGGGGAAAGCAGAACGGAGCACGAGAUACGUUCUCGGCUCACAAGGAGCUGCUGCGCCAGUGGAGGAGCUUAAAUUAACCUGCCUCGUGACAGGCCGGUCACUUAGACCUACUGAAAUCCAGUUCAUAGUGUGGGCCUCCCCCAAGAUUGCCUCCUGUGGGGAAGGAGGCCUCUUAAGGGAGGUCGUGGGUUGGCUUGUGACACAAGUGCAUUAGCAUUCACUGAAUUCACUGGAAAAUUCUGUGCUGUGAAGUGUGCUCUUGUGGUGUAGACAACACUGGAGGCGGGAAAGAAGGCAGCACUGGUUCUGGAGUCUGGAAGGCUGGAUCCUUCCCUCGUUCCUCUGAGGGUUUGGGAAUGCUAGCCGCUAGCGUGGGGGCGGGCAAAGCCUCUUGCACUACUUCAAGUUGAUCACUGUCUACACCCCAGCUACUGGAAAGCCCUUUUUGUGCUGUUGCGUGUUUUACUGCGACGCAGAUGGUUUUGUUCAUAUUUUUAAAUCUUUGAUGUUUGCAGAAGAGUGGAAUUCAUGCCAAUUUUAAGAGGAAUUUUUACCGCUACCGCAUUUGCCUCAGAUUUUUUUUUUUUUGAGUUUGUGUUUGAAAGACUCAUAAGUGAACAAUCCUGGUAUUAGAUCAUUAAAAGAUGCUCUUGCUUUGGCCA